CUCCAGAAGUUGGAGCAAGCUGUGUUUGGGCCGGCACCAUCUACCGGCACCGGAUUUUCCAUGGAGCAGUUUGCAGAUUUCGUCGACCCUGAAAGGUCAGAGCGCCCGAAAUCAUCCCAACGACGGAGUCUCGGCCUAUCAACACGGCAUUCUCAACGACGUAGGUUCGUGGACAACGAACGGCAGCAAACAGCAAAGUUUCUCGAUUCAACAUUUACGCGAAACGGUCUAAAUGUCACUCUCCCCUUUGACAAAGUGGAUUACCACGUCGCAAAUGUCUCGCAGUUCCCAAAGACACCCACGAGCACCACCCCUGGCCUUACGCCCCCCCAAGAUUCAGAAGCACGAUUAUCAGCCUGGAUGAUGACUCAAGAAGAGGCAUUGCUACUGCUACAAGACUUUCUCGACAAUCCCUUUCAUCUCCUUCCCAUACUUCAUCCAACUGCAGCCAGAUCUAUGAUUGUCAACUUCUAUUCAGUCCUAACUAGCGGAGGGGACCCUGACCCAGCACACGCUGCUUUGAUUCUAGGAAUCGCAGCCACGAGUGCUUUCUUCUUCACCGAAGGGUCUCAAGUCAACGGAGCUUUUGAAACUUUGGAAGAAGCCACGCACGCCGCCGUAACUUGGUUUAAAUCCUCUCUCAACAUACUGGGAAAAUCACAGGCGAAUGCUUGCGGCAGUCUGGAAGAAGUACAGGCACGUUCGAUACUCGCUUAUCUGGUCUACAACAUGGAAGGCUGCUCAGCUCGUUUCAGAUUUCUUCAUGGUUGUUCGUUAUCAUCAGCUCGAGAGAUGAGCCUGCACUUAAUCGACGGCCCUGGUUCGGAGCAGCAGGACGAGGAAGCUAUGAAAGAAAUCAAGCGAAGGGUGUGGUGGCAUAUCACUGCUACAGACUGGAUGCUGGGUCUCAUGGGAGGACCUACGGACGGGACAUACAAUGUUCAGCCGCGACAAAUGAACGUCAAGGAACCUCGAAACAUCAACGAUGACGAGGAGAGCUUUUCAAACGAGGCCAUCAGCAUGCCUACAGAUACUGCAACGACGAUGAGCUGCUUCAUCCGGCGCAUCCAACUCGCUGGUAUUGCUCGUUCUGUCAUCGAUGCCAGAGCUCCAGGGAUGCCAGAUGCUGAAAUAACGGACUAUGAACAAGUCCUUGAAUUAGAUCGUCUUUUCGAAGAUGCAAUUGCCGACUUUCCUCCAUUCCUCCGCCCCGACGGUCCCAUUCCAAAGACGGCGCCGCGCUAUCUAUCACUACAGAGAGACGUUGUUUUACUCGGUUUCCUCUCACGACGCGCUAGAUUACACCGGCCAUUCUUGCUCCACGAUAAGCAAGAUUCCCAAUACCAGGCAUCACGAGAGAUAUGUCUGAGCUCAGCCCGAACGGUCCUCGCAAUCGCAACACGCCUACUAAAGGUAUCACAGACUAGAGAGCCAGUGCAAACCUUGAGCUCACGAGCUAUCGGCUGCCGUCUAGGCUGUGUUAUCGGUCAUAUGUUCAUGGCGUGUACAAUCUUGGCCCUUCACUCAGGAGGCGUUUCAAGUCGCGAGGGCUUGACAGACGGUAAAAGACCAUGGCUGGUAUCUGGUGCAUCAGCAGAGACGCAUGCGGAGGUUGUACAAGCUUGCCGUGCUUUGGCUUUAGCCGGAAAAGAAUCUGUGAUUGCUGCGCAGCUUGUUCAGAAUCUUACUGGCGUUUUGCGUCGCUAUCGUGUCCAGGGGGUGGAUGAGGCUGCCCCGCCAGACGUGGAAGACGACAGAGAGUCCAUCGGUGCAGAAUCUUCGACUUACUAUCCUGAAUCGGUGACAAUGACCGGAUUGAGGACCGUUUCUGACGACGGUCUCAGUGCUGGGAACUCUAGUUUGACCGGAGAAGACGCUCUCGGUCUCGACAGCCUUUGGAACGAUCUUGUUGGGGAUGGCAACACAUUUGGAUGGGAUCAGCUUUUUGCUGGACUCGACUCCUAUUGCGGCCCGACGUAG